GCGGGGCGCCGCCCGGCCGCGGGUCGGGCCCUGUGUCAGCUGCCGAGCGCCGUGCUGCGGCCGGUCAUGGCGGGCUGUGCGGCCCGGCGGGCCCUGGCUCUGGGCAGCCGCUGCUGGUCCCGCUCACUGACCGGGGCCAGGGGGCCGCGGCCGCUCUGUGCAGCACGUGGCGUUGGGGCCUUCCUGCCGGCGGCGACCUCGACGGCGCGGAGGCACCUUUCGUCCCGAAACCGACCAGAGGGCAAAGUUUUGGAGACAGUUGGUGUGUUUGAGGUGCCAAAACAGAACGGAAAAUAUGAGACUGGGCAGCUUUUCCUCCAUAGUGUUUUUGGCUAUCGUGGCGUCGUCCUGUUUCCCUGGCAGGCCAGGCUGUAUGACCGGGAUGUGGCUUCUGCAGCUCCUGAGAAGGCAGACAACCCUGCCGGCCAUGGCUCUAAAGAAGUGAAAGGCAAAACGCACACUUACUAUCAGGUGUUGAUUGACGCCCGUGACUGUCCACAUAUAUCUCAGAGAUCUCAGACAGAAGCUGUGACUUUCUUGGCUAACCAUGAUGACAGCCGGGCCCUCUAUGCCAUUCCAGGCCUGGACUAUGUAAGCCAUGAAGAUAUCCUUCCCUAUACCUCUACCGAUCAGGUUCCCAUCCAGCACGAGCUGUUUGAAAGGUUUCUGUUGUAUGAUCAGACAAAAGCACCCCCUUUUGUGGCCCGGGAGACACUGCGGGCCUGGCAAGAGAAGAAUCACCCUUGGCUGGAGCUCUCUGAUGUCCAUCGGGAGACAACUGAGAAUAUCCGCGUCACCGUCAUUCCCUUCUACAUGGGCAUGAGGGAAGCCCAGAAUUCCCAUGUAUACUGGUGGCGCUACUGUAUCCGCUUAGAAAACCUGGACAGCGAUGUCGUACAGCUACGGGAACGACACUGGCGGAUAUUCAGUUUGUCCGGCACCUUGGAGACAGUGCGAGGCCGUGGAGUGGUGGGCAGGGAACCAGUGCUGUCCAAGGAGCAGCCUGCAUUCCAGUACAGCAGCCAUGUCUCCCUGCAAGCUUCCAGUGGGCACAUGUGGGGCACUUUCCGCUUUGAGAGGCCCGAUGGCUCCCACUUUGAUGUCCGGAUCCCCCCUUUCUCUCUGGAAAGCAAUAAAGAUGAGAAGACACCACCCUCAGGUCUUCACUGGUAGGACCAGUGAAGGUCCUGGAGUGCCCAGGCUCAGCCCCUGAAGAACAGCUCUUCAUCCCACAACUGCUGCAGAGCUCUCCAGCAUGGACCAUAAAAGGUCUCUUAAUCGAUCGCAUCAUUUGAUUGUAGAGUUCUUCUUGAGGGGUAGGGGGGAAGGUAGGUCAUGGGACAUAAUUCUCCCUGCAGACCUCCUCCAAGGCUGGCUGUCCCUGUAGCCCCGCCUACACUGUGCUCCAGUUUAAGCUUCCCACCAGGAACUCUGGGGUCAGCAGCCAGAGCUGGGUGUCCCCUGGCCUGUCACACAAGUUGUCAAAAUGUGAAUAAUCCGGUGCACGUGUGGCCCCUCUUCCCCUUCUCCAUUUCUGCCCCAAGGGCUUCAGGCUUUCUGACCCAGUUGCCCCCCCCCCCCCCCCCCCAUUGCUUUCCUUGCUGCCCUUCUAAGCAGCUGUCCCUUCUGCUGAGGGAUGCACCUGAAAGGAGCUGGAGGGUGGUGGGGUCAGCCUGUGGGGAGGGGCUGGGCAGCCCUCUUGCUGUCUUUACUCUCUGCCAGCAGCAGGAUAAGGAGCAGCCUGGCUCUUACAAGCAUUAGCAUCUCUGGCCUCCCUGGGCCCAGAAGGGCUGGAGCAAGCCCACUGGGGUUCUCGGAGCAGCGGGCCUGCCAGCCACGAGCACACAUGGGUCAAGCAUCCAGAUUACAAAUGUAAGAACUCAGUCAAGGAGCUUUAGGCAUGGAUGGCAGUGAGGCCAAGCUACUUUCUGAGCUUCUGGAAAAUCCCCAAGAGCCAGAGAUGAACUGUGCUGUAUUCUUCCCUGAUUUUGGGACUCCUGCACCUCCACCACCACCAUAGCGAUUGUUAAAACGGUCGCUUUAUUCUGAAUUAACAUUAAAUAUGUUUCAGCCCUUA